AUGGCAGGCCUGGUGCCUGUUCCCAAACCGGGCGAGGGCGAGCCCAUUGUCUUCUUCGACAUCACUCUUGGCGGCAUGACUACCGAAAACUUCCGCCAAUUCUGCACCGGCGAAUCUAAAGGCAGCAAUGGCCUUCCUCAAGGCUACAAGAACUCCAAGUUUCACCGCGUCAUCAAGGGAUUCAUGAUUCAAGGCGGCGACUUUUUGAACGCUGAUGGCACGGGCUCAACGUCCAUCUACCAUGGUGCUCCAUUCGCAGAUGAGAGCUUUCAGUUCAAGCAUGAUCGGGCUGGCUUACUGAGUAUGGCUAACUCGGGGAAGAAUACGAAUGGAUGUCAAUUCUUUGUGACUUGUGGGGCGGCAAGUCAUCUCGACGGGAAGCAUGUUGUGUUUGGGCAGGUAGUGGAUGAAGCGGGGAUGCAGGUCGUGCGGAAGAUUGAGCAGACGAGAACUGGUGGCGGAGGUGGUCGGGGACCAGGAGACAAGCCUGUCCUGGAGGUCAGAAUUGUCGAGUGUGGUGAGAUGUGA